AACCCUAAAACCAGAGAGCAGAUCGAAAACCUGUUGCGAAAUGGGAGGAAUAAGGAGCUGCGGGACCGCCUCUGCCGGCGCCUUACCUUUGGGACCGCGGGGCUGCGCUCCGCCAUGGGGGCCGGCUUCUGCCGCAUCAACGACCUGACCGUGAUCCAGUCCACGCAGGGGAUGUACAAAUACCUUGAGAAAUGUUUUUCGGACUUCAAGCAACGAGGUUUUGUUGUCGGGUACGACACGCGAGGCCAGGCGACUAGCAGUUGCAGCAGUCCAAGACUGGCCAAGCUCACGGCCGCCGUCCUUCUCUCCAAGGGGAUCCCGGUCUACUUGUUCUCCAGAUACGUUCCCACGCCCUUCGUGCCCUAUGCAGUUCAGCAGCUCAAAGCCGUGGCCGGCGUGAUGAUCACCGCUUCCCAUAACCGAAAGGAAGACAACGGCUACAAG